UCAGUCCCUUGUGACUCCGCAGCCAUGUUCGGCUAGAGCAAGGCGUCCAGGCUCCGCAGCAGAUGUGUUUCUCCCUAACGGACAACGCUGGACAUAGAUUUGUUGCUCGGACACAAUCAGGGAGUGAAUUUCUGUCGGUCAGUCCUAAACGCCGUGUUUGCGUUUCGAAAGUGAAGAAGCGGAAGGAGAUCUGGUCCGGACAUCAUGGCCUCUCGCAAGAAGGUGCUGCUUAAGGUGAUCAUCCUUGGUGAUUCUGGGGUUGGAAAGACCUCUUUAAUGAACCAGUAUGUUAACAACAAGUUCAGCAACCAGUACAAGGCCACGAUCGGCGCCGACUUUCUGACCAAAGAGGUGAUGGUGGACGACAGGCUGGUCACCAUGCAGAUUUGGGACACAGCCGGACAGGAGCGUUUUCAGUCACUGGGCGUGGCGUUCUACAGAGGCGCCGACUGCUGCGUGCUGGUCUACGACGUCACGUCUCCAAACACCUUUAAGACUCUGGACAGCUGGAGGGAUGAGUUCCUGAUCCAAGCCAGCCCUCGCGACCCCGAGAACUUCCCCUUCGUCGUGCUCGGAAACAAGAUCGACUUGGAGAACAGACAGGUCACUACAAAGCGAGCUCAGGCGUGGUGUCAAAGCAAGAACAACAUCCCUUAUUUUGAGACCAGUGCCAAAGAAGCGAUCAACGUGGACCAGGCUUUCCAAACCAUCGCUCGCAAUGCGCUUAAACAGGAGGGGCCCGAGAUUGAUCAUAUCGAGUUUCCAGACCAGAUCAAGCUCAGAGACGACAGACCUCCCGCCUCGAACGAUGGCUGCAGCUGCUGAAGGAGGAAAAAUAAAGCUGAUGGCAAGGAGGCAAAGAGAUGAGGGUGAUCUAACAGAGACUGAACAGAAAACAAACAAAUUGAAAACACACAAAAAAAAAAACAAGCCAUCACCACCACCUUCUCUUCCUCCUCCUCCUCCAACACCCCCAGGGCUUGAAUCCAUGUGACGGCGUUCCUAUCUUCCCAAGUCUACUUGUCAGUUUCGAGGCAACAGGACAGAGCAUCAUCCUUUCUCCAACAUAGCGACCCUUUUAAAAAAAACACCACUCUGUCCAAGACUGUCACUACACCCUCUUUUCCUUUUUCCUCUUUCUUGAAUCAUUGUGCCUUUGGUUCUUCAUCAUUCCCAUGUGUCUUGUGUAUCUCUAAACUGAUCGUGCAUUCCCUGCUGUAUAAAAGUCCACCAGUGAUAAAGACCUCCUGCCUGUCUGUAUUUGCAUGUCUCGCCUAAACGAACGACUGAUCAAUCACGAAAGGCAAUCGACGGACUGAAUACGGUCUUGACCGCGACUUCCGCUUGACCACGAGGUUGCUUAAUUCAGAGCGCUGCGUGGCGCAAGCGGCGUCCGCUAACAAAAUCCUGGCCAUCCGCAACCACGCUGAUUUACACCGUUUAGACUAUCUUGCACUUACUUACACGGCGUCUUUGUCAUGAUCAGGUUACAUUUAGCUUAGGAAAACAUGGAGAGCGAACAGCAGAACUGCAUCGUUUUUUCGUUCAUUGCUUUUCCUUCUAUGUCAUCUUUCAUCUUUGUACAUUUACAUAUUGUACUUGUAUUAAUAUAUAUAUAUAUAUAUAUAUAUAUAUAUACACACACACA